UUACUUUUUUUUAUCCCUUUUUUCAGCAAAGGGCUGUGAUUAUGUCCGUAUAGAAAAUGGAAGAAUGACUGAAUAUUUGGAACGGUACAAACCAUUUCCAAAAUGGGAGGGACAAACAAUUGACUUUCGUUGUGAUCAUGGUUUUGUGCCUGCGAACCAGCAAACAGGGCAAACAUGGCAAAGGGCUGCAUGCAUCAAUUCCCGCUAUGUCCCAGAACCAAAGUGUUUCAAAGUAUGUGAUCCUUCUAUACGUUUUGAUCAUGGUCGCUUCAUUAAUCAUGACUACAUAUUAGAAGGUAACAACAUUACAUUUGUUUGUGAUACGGGAUAUUCUCCUGCAAACCAGCAAUCAACAAUUACUUGCACCCAAAAGGGGUGGUCACCUGCUCCAGAAUGUAUCCUGACAGAUCUAAGUAAAUGAAGAACAGGACAUAUACAGCCCCUUUGAAGCAAAAAGAAGAUGAAUGUCGGAAAUUAUAUCAUUCUCUUUCAUGUGACUACAUGAAGCUGGAUUGUAUACAGCUAUAAACAAUGGAUCCAAACCUAAAAGCCUAUUUCAUGAAAGACAAAUUUUACCAACAGUAAUUACUGGGAAAAUGAAAAAAAUUAAAAACAAGUUUAUAGAGCAUCUUUAA